CAGAGCUUAGUCUUCGUUCCAAUGCAUAAUGAUAGGAUCAGAAACUGAUUAUCUCGAAAAAUCAGGCUGGAUUAAAUUCAUAACCCAAAAAUUAUAACCGCCGUGUGUACAUAUAAAUAAUCACAUGUGUUUACAACUUUUACAUCUUACCACCAACAACUAAAGAUAGAAAGAACAUAUAUAAAGAGAUAUUACCGCUUGAGAAAUGGAGACUGUUAGAUUCGCCGUCGCCGUCGCCGUCGUUCUUGUAUUUUGCGCCGUUACGUCGUCUAAUGCACAGACUACACCACCGAGUGGCGGUGCAGGAGGAGACGCACACUCACUGCCGUGUAUUCAGAAACUGAUGCCGUGUCAGCCGUAUCUUCACUUGGUGACUCCGCCGCCGGCGUCGUGUUGCAUGCCGUUGAAUGAGAUCGUAGCCAAAGACGCGACGUGUCUCUGCGCCGUCUUCAACAACGUCGAUAUGCUCAAAUCGCUUAACCUCACUAAAGAAAACGCUCUCGAUCUCCCCAAAGCUUGUGGCGCCAAAGCUGACGUGUCACUAUGCAAAACCAGCGCCGGAACUAAUUCGUCUUCAACACCGCCGGCAACCCCCAAAACUCCUCCAGCAUCUUCCACCAGUACCGGAACAGGAAGCGGUUCAACCGGAGAUGCAGCUUCUUCGACGGCCAAACCAACAAGCUCAGCUCCGGCCAUCAACUUCGGUGGACUUAGCUUUGCAUCGGCUGUCGUGGCAACACUCUUCUUCUGAUCUACUAUAUUUAUUUUACGUACGUCUUUAUCGGCUAGGCUUUCAUUUGUUGGAAAUUAAUCAGACGAUGUUCGGUAACGUUCUUAUUUCAACUAAAGGUUAUAACUGAUGUACUAUGAAAUUCAAAUAAUAGUAAUAACUUCCAACAACGCUUUA